AUGAACUUUGAUGGAUAUGUUAGGAAUGGAAAUGCUACGAUUGGUUUUGUUAUUCGUAAUGCAGAUGACAAUCCUUUGUUCGCUGCUAAUAGGAUGAUUGGCAAUGCUAAUGUUCUUGUGGCUGAAGCGACUGCUUUAAGAGAUGGUCUACAGACUGCUCUUCUGCACCAUUAUUCAAAUAUUGUUGUUGAAGGCGACUCCAAGCUGCUAAUUGAUUGUAUCCAAGGCAGCUAUGAAGUUCCAUGGAGAAUUAGGCUGAUGAUCCAAGAUAUCAAGCAACUAGCACAACAAUUUGAGGUCAUCAUUUUCCGACAUAUUUAUAGAGAGGCAAAUUUUGUAACAGAUCAUCUAACAACUUUGGCUCAUAAUUCUUAG